AUGAAACAAGUUGGAACGCAAUUGUUACAACCAUUAAUAGCUGACGAAAAACAGGCGUACCGAAAUGCAAGCUUAUCCUUUGCCGUGGUUUUCAGCACGUCAGCAAUUACCGGCUAUUUAACGACAUGGCUAUAUUUUCACAACCAAUCCAACACGCGGUCCGGACCAGAAACGCCGACCGAUGUUUCUACGGCCAUUCACUAUCUCGUAAUAGCUAUUGACGCACUAAUCGUACCGCUUUUAGUAACCAUCUGGAUAACCAGAGGUCGGCGUCGAGUUCAUCGUGUAAUCUCGACCUUUGCAACAGUCGACGAGAAAUUGUCAAAGUUCGGACAAUGUCCAAGCCGGAAUUCAAGCACGUGGAAACUCAUCAUUCUCAUCUGUGCUCCUCUGGUAACAGCUGGAGUAAUAAUCUGGAUCGAUGUGAAUUACAACGAACCACAAGCGUCGAAGCUCUCGAUAUUUCGCUCGAUUUUUUUACACUUUCACGAGUUCGUUACGUUUUAUACACUGGGGUUCUUCGCUUCUCUGGUCCUGCUUAUUGGCGAUCGCUACAAGGCUGUUAACUCGGUGCUGAAGACGGUUUUGCGGGAACACAGUUACGACUUGACGAACACUCGGCAAAUCGUUUCGGAAUGGGUUACCGCUGUACGAGAACUUCGUGCUCUUCAUCGCAAGCUCUUCUUCGCAGCCGAGGAUAUUCAGUUGGCUUUUAAUUUCCAGCUUUUAGUUCUCGGCAUUAUAACUCUGAUGUCUGCCAUCGGAGAACUUUACAAGCUCUAUUUGGCGAAUAUCUCGCUUUGCGGAUUUCCGUCUUUGCCGGCAUUCGCCUAUCUUCUUCUCUUCUCGUUGCAGCUUGGCCCAGCUUACUUCGCCGCAUUCAGCUGCAGUUGCACAUGCGAUCAGGCCAAGAGAACUGCGGCUCUGAUACAAGAGAUCACCGUAGUCGAUGAGAAUUUAUGUCUAGAGAUUGUUGAAACGAUUGCAACAUACCUGAUUAUUCUAAUUCAAAUAGGAACGGUGCCACAGAAUUGUCCAAAUUCGCAUGACUCGGGAUUAGAUAACUUCGUUAACUCUUCAAUCAACCGUGGAUCAAAUAUUUCUUAAAAUAAGUUCGAUUUUCGGGUUGUAUCAAAGAUCUUCGAACACGUGAGUAACACGCAGAAUCAAAUUUCGCAAUUACGGUUCGGGCUUGUCUACAAAAUUAAAGCCUUAUUAAAUUUUUUUCACUCUAACAAUACGUUGUUUUCAUA